AUGGCUGACCUUUUUUGUGUGACAGGUGAGCUCGAGAUUACUUUCCUGUCGAGCUUUUGUCGUGCAGGCAAUAUAGCUGCCUUGCUCGAGGACGAGUCUAAGAUCCCGAUCAGCUUGAAACCGCUUGUCCAACAGCUCAAGGACAUUUUUGAUCCAGUCCCUUUUGAGCCAGAUUCUUCCAAUCAAUCAAAAUCCCAGCCUCUUGACAAUACGAUCUCACAUCAACUCGUGAAGCGCCUGAAUGCUUUUCAUGCAGAAAACUGUACCUGGCUAGCAUCCCAUGAAUGGUCUGAUCUACCUGAUACACUUGCUGCCGAGUUCGCGCCGGUUACGUCACAUGCAAUGUUUGAGACUGGAAUUUGCCACGAAGGAGUACAUUACACCACCUUUGAACGUGAUCCGAAGAACAGCGUAGUUCACGUGGUUUCACGGUCAAAUGGUGCCACUUUGUUUGGAAAAAUCAUGUCUAUAUUCAAACAUGAACGGUGUCCGACUGGAAAUCGACCACCAGUGUCUGAUACGUGGCUCAUGGUUAGAUACUUUGCACCAGUGCCAUCGGAGAAGCCCGACCCUUUCGCCAAGAUAAACUUACCUGACAUGCAGGUAAAUUUACGCCUAGAGAUUUCCAGCACAGCUCGACUGACCCAUAUUAGCGAGAUAAAGGCUCAGUGUGCGUGGAUUGUCUACGAACCAAACGAGAUACAUUUCCUCUUGAAUCUCAAAACCAUUGCAAUGGUUUCCCUCGACCGUUAG